UCUGUCAUACACGCAGGGGUGUUAUCCGAAGUGUUGGGCUCACCGAAUAGCAACCAUUCUUCGUCUGAUGGACUGGCCGUUCUAAACCCCCUGAGGCCUUGUCAAGUUUUGGACGGGGUGUGGCAGGGUAGCAAGCUAUGCGAAGAGCUAUGCGAACUGUGUUGUGGCGGUGGGUUCUGUUGGAGACGAGACUCAGGUUCCGAGGCAGUUGUGGCAGCUCAAUAG